UCGUCAAGGUUCCCUUGAAACCCUUUGAAAAUGAUUCUUCACGAUGCCUGUGAUCAGAUUGUGUUCACCUGCAACUCUACGUUUGGGUGGAAGAGCUUUAGUGGGCCAUUCCCAGUGCACCCAAUUUGUCGAAGAUAGGGCAAGGGCACUGGAACUGCAGCGAAUCGGUCAUCUGCACACUACCUGAUGUGUCCUGCGUCCCUGAUGGGGAAGGCUUGCUCGUGCAGUGGGUACAAGAUGGCUUUAUCUCGAUGUCCAGUUCGCAGUGGGGAGACCAUGAGCUUGCAGAGGAGCGGAGACCUAACCUACUGAGUCUGAAGGCUUCCUAAUUUGUAGUGAUGAAGGAGGUGGGGGAGAUGUAGCAUUGCUAGAGGAAUCGUUCAGCCUUGCCAGGUGUGCAGAUGUUGUUUCACCAAAAGUUUCAUCCGCUGCGGGGGUUAACAUCAACUGGAAUAAGAGCUUGCAAGGCUUCCUCAUUGUCGUAUUCCUCUCUGGCUUCUUCCCUUGCUCUUGUGCUCCAUUCUAGGAGCUACUUCAGAUUGAUGCCUAGUAGUUGAUCAAUCAGUCGAAUACGGAGUUUUAGAGUCGGGUGAUGAGGGGUUUCGUUCGGUGACGCGGCGCUUCGAGGAUUAGUUCUAUCACGAGACUGUGCGAUUAGAUACGAUUCAUUUGGCCUCCACAACUUAGGAUUGUACUGAACUAGUCCUGUGUGCAAGCAGCCCGGUUCGAGAAAAUCAGUGCAAUUUUUCAUUGAAAUCGUAAGCUUCGAUUUUUUUUAAAGAGUUUUUCGCCCUAGUUUGCGCCCAGUGAUGGAGCGUCAUCGAACAGGUUCGAUUCAAGACGAGAAUGCGAAAUUGGAGAACUCACAGCAGUAGAUGUAAUAAUUUUGUAUAGAGUCGUCAGUAGAUUAUAAAGUACUUGAAGUUGUUGGGUAGACUUAUCUCUAGAAGUGAGGCCGCCGAAUUUUGAUCACCGUGUCUGCUGCCCCAGAGGUGUUGAUUGCGAUUUGAGGAUAUUGCCAAAAUUUCCAGUCGUUAUGGGGACUUUAGUGCAAAACAGGCAGAUCCUCUUGAGCUCGUCGACGGGCAAGCUUAACUUUUGGAGCUUGUACCGUUCUGACAUGACAAACUUUGCAGGAUGUUCCGAGUUUCACACAAAUAGAAUUUUAGAAUCCUCUUCCCCGGUGCUAGAUUCUCAGAUUUGGAGCAACUUGCAACCCGAACUCGUGGCAAGAAUUCUCGCACGCUUGCCUCUGUCAUCGCUCAUUCACACUAGACUCGUGAGCAAGAGCUGGGACAGAGAGAUUUACUCGGGGCGGGUGAUGGGUGACGGUUCUGUUCAUGAAAACCCUCGUUCGUGGCUGUUUUUAUUUGAGAACGGUGGUCCAGGAAACCCUCACAAGCUGCACGCAUUCGACCCUCUGCGAAACGACUGGCAAACCUUUACCACUAUCCCUCACUUCGCUACCGUGCAAAAAAUAGGAGGACUGUCGCUAUGUGGAGCAGCUUCCGGUCUGAUGGUGUACAAAAUUAGUGCGCUGAAGAGCCAUUUCAUCCGGUUUGGGGUCUUCAAUCCCAUAACUAGAUCAUGGAAGAAGCUUCCUCCGUUGCUCAAGCGCAGACAGAGGCCCGUCGUCAGCAUGUUCGCGGAGGGUUCUGGCUACAGAUUGGUUGUUGCUGGCGGUCUCGAGUAUGACCAGCAAGUGCUAACUACAGAGGUUUAUGAUUCCCGAACUGAAUGCUGGCGCACCACUUGCGAGAAGUUCAACAAUCUACAGAGCCAUGUCUGUGAUGAGAUUCGCACCUCCACGGCGUUUUGCGAUGGGGUGGUGUACCACAUGCGUUUCACUCGAAUGCUGUCUUUCGAUCCCAACCGAGAAUAUCAUACAUUCAUGGCUUAUGACACUAAGACCGCGAGGUGGCGACCUCUGAGAGUUCCCCUACCACCCAACCUCGUCUUCACCGGGUACCCCUCUCUCAAGCGUAUAUGGAAGGGGCGAGCAUACCUCGCAGACGUUCUCCCCCCCUAUCUGGUUGAGUCCAACGGGCGACUCCUUCUGAUUGGAUUUCGAGAAGAUCGUUUUCAUUCUGUAGUCGCAGGUAUUGGAAUCUGGGAGCUCGACCAGAAAAAGGCCUGGAAACUCGUAACCCUAAUGCCGGACACGCUCUUUGAUCAGAUGUGCCCCAAGAUUUGCAUGUCAGCUUACGUCGAUCCAUCCUCGUAUCUGAAGUACGAGCUUCAGGGCGCCGGACAUGGGGACAUUGUGUACAUCUUCCAAGCGAAUGAAGGCCAGGGGUUCGUCGUCCUGUGCGAUUUCUCACAGAGUCCUCCUGCAUGGCGUUGCAUUCGCAAUGGCAUUGUACCGAAGGUGGAGUAUUCCCAGACUUUGCAGGGGUGUGUCAUUGAUCUAAGAUGGGACACCAUGAUUUGAGGUCAUCUUCUCUUUUGUACAGACAAUUUCAUUAGGAUUUAAGGAAUUCCUCGAAAAUUAUUUAGCUGAUUUGUGUUCAUAGUUGAACCGCCUUUAGCUUACCGCGAAGAAACAACAGUUAAAAUCGGGGGGAAGGAAAUUAGACACCAAUUGUAAUUACAAGCUACCUAUCAAUUUUGUACAGGUAAACAGUAUAUCUCUGUGAGAUGAAAACGGUAGUUUAGAGAAUCGAUUAAUUAGCAGCAGCUGCGGAGCAUCACGGCUGGUUUUAAGGUUUAUCUUUAAUCAAUGUAUCAUUGGAACAGCAGUGAGCGCCGUCCAGUCACAUUUGAUCGAUGUAAACUUCUCAGAAACCCGUAUUCUACAAUUUUCAUUCUCUA